GUCAGAAUGUCACAAUGAUCCCGUCUAGCAACAGCACAAUCACUUCGUUACUUCCAAAUGUCAGCACCUUCUGGAUUCGAGAUUCCCAAAGAAAAGGACUUCCCAAUGAAGCUCCAUUGUUUACUAGCACCAAUGGCCCUUCCCAUGCAAACGAGAGCUUUUUCCUCACUACCAUGGGCAUGACCAAUGUGUCUCAUGCUCCUCCUGAUCCUCUGGGAGGACAUGCUGUCUGGCAAGUUGUCCUGAUUGCUCUCCUCACUGGCAUUCUGGCCCUGGUCACCAUCAUUGGAAACAUCUUGGUGAUUGUGGCAUUUAAAGUCAACAAACAGCUAAAAACAGUUAACAAUUACUUUUUGUUGAGUCUUGCUUGUGCAGACCUGAUAAUUGGUGUUAUUUCCAUGAACCUUUUCACUACAUAUAUAAUCAUGGACCGCUGGGCUUUGGGAAACUUGGCCUGUGAUGUAUGGCUUUCCAUUGACUAUGUGGCAAGCAAUGCUUCUGUCAUGAAUCUGCUGGUCAUCAGUUUUGACAGAUACUUUUCCAUCACGAGGCCACUUACCUAUAGAGCUAAACGAACAACCAGAAGGGCUGCAGUGAUGAUUGGCUUAGCUUGGGUCAUCUCGUUCAUCCUUUGGGCUCCUGCUAUUCUGUUCUGGCAAUAUUUUGUUGGGGAGCGGACUGUCGAAGACAAUGAAUGUUAUAUCCAGUUCCUAAAUGAACCUGUCCUCACUUUUGGCACUGCCAUAGCUGCCUUUUAUUUGCCAGUAACUAUUAUGAGUAUUUUGUACUGGAGGAUAUACAAGGAGACAGAGAAACGUACCAAAGAGUUAGCAGGACUCCAGGCUUCUGGGAGUGAGGCUGAGGCAGCAUGCUUUGUCAACCAAACGGGAAGUUCUAGAAGCUGCAGCAGUUAUGAACUACAGCAGCAGGACACAAAACGUACCAAACGAAGAAAAUAUGGGGGCUGCAACUUCUGGAUGACAUCCAAGAGCUGGAAACCCAGUUCAGAUCAGGUCGAUCAGGAGCACAGCAGCAGCGACAGCUGGAACAACAAUGAUGGCAAUGCAUCGCUUGAUAAUUCUGCCUCCUCUGAGGAAGAUGACAUUGCCUCGGACACUCGCGCCAUCUACUCCAUUGUACUAAAGCUUCCAGGACAUAGUACAAUUCUCAAUUCUGCAAAACUGCCUUCCUCAGAAGAUCUGCCUGGGUCAGAAGAUGAACUGCAGAAGUUGAACACAGAGUCAAAGGAGCAGAAACCAAAAAGGCUUAACCCACAAAAGAGCAUGGAUGAUGGGAAUUUACAGAAAUGCUUUCCCAAGCUUCCAGUUCAAUCAGCAUCUGCAGUAUACGCAGGAAAGGCUUCAAACUGCAAUUCUACAGGGAUGAAGGCACCUAAUGCCUUACCUUUGUCAUUCAAGGAGGCCACCCUGGCCAAGAAGUUCGCCUUGAAAACAAGAAGUCAGAUCACCAAACGAAAGCGAAUGUCACUUAUCAAAGAGAAGAAAGCUGCACAGACACUUAGCGCCAUUUUGUUUGCCUUCAUUAUCACCUGGACCCCAUAUAAUAUCAUGGUCCUGGUAAACACUUUUUGUAAGUGUAUCCCUAAAACAUUUUGGAACCUGGGGUACUGGCUUUGCUACAUCAAUAGUACAGUGAAUCCUAUGUGCUAUGCACUGUGUAAUAAAACUUUCAGAACCACAUUCAAGAUGUUACUGCUCUGUCAGUGUGACAAACGCAAACGACGUAGGCAACAAUAUCAGCAGAGACCAUCAGUCAUUUUUCAUAAGCGGAUUCCACGGGAAGCUUCAUAGAAUAGUAUUUUUUAACCACAAUAAUAAACAUUAAAGGGAGGGUGGUUGCUGGAGCCAACUGCAUAUCUUCAAGAUGUGAAAGUAGCAGCCUGGUGUAUGUAUCCUUUUAAUACUUCCUGUAUACUGUAACAGUUGAAGCCACAU